AGAAAUAUCGUUGCCCAAUAGAAACCAAAGCCUUGUGCAAUACGUAGGUGACCCUCUUUCUCUUCUUCACCUCUCUCACUCUGCUUCUUUAUAUUAAACCCUUUCAUUUCUCAAUUUCAAAGCUUUUCUUUCCACUCCACCUGAUGGCUUCUUCUUCUGGUAGCUUAGACACUUCUGCAAAUUCUUACACCAACUUCACCUUCUCAACACACCCAUUCAUGACCACUUCUUUCUCUGAUCUUUUCACAGAUAACAAAUCACAAGGUUUGUCUGAUCAUAGAAGUGCUUCUGGGGUGCCAAAGUUUAAGUCCACACCACCCCCUUCUUUGCCUCUCUCCCCUCCACCUGUUUCUCCUUCUUCUUACUUUGCUAUUCCACCUGGUUUGAGCCCUGCUGAACUUCUUGACUCACCGGUUCUUCUUAACUCUUCUAACGUUUUGCCAUCUCCAACAACUGGGGCAUUUGCUGCUCAGAGUUUCAACUGGAAGAACAGUUCUGGCCAAAACCAGCGAAUUGUGAAAGAAGAAGACAAAAGCUUCUCGAAUUUCUCAUUCCAAACCCAACCAGGACCUCCUGCUACAUCCACAACAACAUUUCAAUCUUCAACCGUUUCAGUUCAAACACAACCACCACCACCAUGGAGUUUUCAGGAAGCCACAAAACAGGAUGGUUAUUCUUCAGGGAAGGGUAUGAUGAAAACUGAAAACAAUUCUUCCAUGCAGAGUUUUUCUCCUGAGAUAGCUAGUGUCCAAACUAACCAUAACAAUGGGUUUCAAUCUGAUUAUGGCAACUACCCCCAACAAUCUCAGACCUUAAGUAGAAGAUCAGAUGAUGGGUACAAUUGGAGGAAAUAUGGGCAAAAACAAGUUAAAGGAAGUGAAAAUCCAAGAAGUUAUUACAAAUGCACAUACCCCAAUUGUCCUACAAAGAAGAAAGUUGAGAGGUCUUUGGAUGGACAAAUCACUGAGAUUGUUUACAAGGGUACUCACAACCAUCCCAAGCCUCAGUCCACUAGGAGAAACUCAUCAUCUUCAUCCUCUCUUGCAAUCCCUCCUUCAAAUCCCAUCAGCACUGAAAUUCCAGAUCAAUCAUACGCUACUCAUGGCAGUGGACAAAUGGAUUCAGCUGCCACCCCUGAGAACUCAUCAAUAUCAAUAGGGGAUGAUGAUUUUGAGCACCAGAGUUCCCAAAAGUGUAAAUCAGGAGGAGAUGAGUUUGAUGAUGAUGAACCUGAUGCCAAAAGAUGGAAAAUUGAAGGUGAAAAUGAGGGUACGUCAGCGCCUGGAAGUAGAACAGUGAGAGAGCCAAGGGUUGUAGUUCAGACCACAAGUGACAUUGAUAUUUUAGAUGAUGGGUACAGAUGGAGAAAAUACGGGCAGAAAGUAGUAAAGGGUAAUCCAAAUCCAAGGAGUUACUACAAGUGUACACACCCAGGAUGUCCAGUGAGGAAGCAUGUAGAAAGAGCCUCACAUGACCUAAGGGCUGUUAUCACAACCUAUGAGGGAAAGCACAACCAUGAUGUCCCUGCAGCACGUGGCAGUGGUAACCAUUCUGUCAAUAGACCAAUGCCAAACAAUGCUGCAAACCCCACCAGUGCAGCCACGGCCAUUAGACCCUCAGCAGUGACCCACCACACUAACAAUUCUCUUCAGAGUCAAAGACCACAAGCACCACCAGAAGGGCAAUCUCCCUUUGCUUUGGAGAUGCUGCAGAGCCCAGGAAGCUUUGGAUUCUCAGGGUUUGGGAAUCCAAUGGGAUCUUACAUGAAUCAGCAACAACUAUCUGACAAUGUGUUCUCCAGAGCCAAGGAGGAGCCCAGAGAUGACAUGUUCCUUGAAUCUUUGCUAUGCUGAAGGAUUUUUUUUUUUUUAACCUUUUUGGUUUGAAAUUUAGAAUGGGGGGGUUAGAAUUUUAUUUUACAAAAAUAAGGUUCAUUCCAUUUAUUGCAUUUUUUAGUUUGUUUUUGUUGUAAAUUUAUACAGCCACAGGUUUGGUAUAGUAUAUAUUUCACAACUGUUGUAUGUCACGCAUGGUGUUGGUGAAAUUUUUUGAUUACUUGGGGGCUUUUCUCUUUAGUUGGGAAAAGAGCCUCAUAUCAAUCCUUUUGUAAGAUUCUGUUGUUUAUUUUUUCUUGUCUUUGCGAUUGUUCACAAGCAGAAUGCCAAACUUUUACAA